GGAAUUAGCAACUCAAGAAACAUCAAUAACGAGACUUUCAUGAUCUUUCGGUCAUUAUCCGACUUAUUUCUUCCUAUUCUUGAGUUUUGACCAUAGUGCGUCCGCGGGGGGAGGCGCUCAGGAAAUUCUACCCUGUGCUCAAUCGCUCAGUUUUUUCACACCCGCAUUUUUAAAUUUCGCGCUGAAGUCCUCGCGCCAAAAACAUGCACGCACGGAUUGGUCACUGCGCGCGAAGCUUCAGAUGCACGAACCAAUGAAUGAAGAUCGCCGGCCGAUGGUUAUCAUUUUCUGUGUUAUCAAAAAGUAAGGUUAGAGUUAAAUGCACACAUGCAUAAUUGCAUACGACACGUAAACACGUAAAUAUUGAAUUACCCCAAUUUACAUAAUUGUAACAUUUUAAUUAGUGUGUUAUGUUCAGGAUAUUCUUUUAGUGUUUCUUAAGUGUCACCUUAUAAAUUGGCUCCCAACGUUAAAUUUUUAUUUGCUGAUUUGCAGUGAUAUCAACAGGAAUUCAAUGUGUUACUUUUUGUCUAUUCUCAAUACAUAAUUUUUUAUCCUAAAUUUUGAAUCUGAUUGUGUUGUUUAAGUGCAUAGCCCAAUAAUGAUAUUAUAUGCCCUUAUAGUUCGUGCCACCGAUGGUUUGGCAUUAUCAGCAACAACAGAUUUUAAUGAUGAAAUAAACAAAAACAUUAAAAGCAGUAAACGGUACGUCAAACUUGUCGUCAAAAAAAUUAAUCAGCUUUCUGACAGAUGUAUGCUCAACUUAGGAAAUCACACUCUGUAUUUGAUUACAUCCCUUGGAGUUGGUUACUUUGUACUUUGUGAUUCUAGCUAUCCCAGUGUGCUGGCAUACAGCUUCUUAAGUGAAUUAAAUAGAGAAUUUAUAACAAAGUAUGAACGCUCACAGAUAGAAACUUGUAAAAGGCCCUACUCUUUUAUUGAAUUUGAUAACUACAUCCAUCGGGCAAGGCAGCGGUAUAAUAAACCUCAAAGUUUAACCACAAAGAUUAAUUUAUCAGAAUUAAGUACUGAGCUAAGACUUAGACCAGCUUAUAAAAUUACUCUUAGCGAAAUAGAAUCAGUUGCAAAUGGUUAUUCUAGUCCUAGUAAUACCAGCAGGCUGCAAGCUGUGGUCCGGCCCAGAUUAAACAAGCUAUUUUGGUAUGAUUACCUAAGUUGUACUCUCACACUUUUGCUCACUUUUCUUGACCUCUGGCGUGGAAUAUCUGCAGUGGCUUUCACAAGUGAAAAGAUUGUCGGUGACACCUCCUCUGAAAACGGAAUGCUCUUUCUGCUUGAGGGCAUUUUUAGGAUAAGUCAGUGUUACCUUAUGGUGCUUUACUUCAAAAGGAGAAUUCUUUGCACAUGGAUUUGUCUAGUUGUAAUUGCACUUUUUGAGUGGGGUUUGUCCGAUCUUCGAGAUGGUUGGCAGUCGAUUCUUUUUUUUGCUGUAGCCCUCUUUCAACAUUUUUGCUGUUUGAAAAAAACUGUCAUGGUAAAGCCACCAGACUAUACAGUAUAAAUUAAAUAGGUAUUUUAUAUUUUACUCUAAUUGAAUGUUCCUGUUUUUGGUGUUUCCAUGAUGAGAUUGUUCAUGCCUUAUAAAAUUAGACCCAAUGGGGAAAGUUUAUUCCUCAUUUUGUCCAAAGAUCCUACAGUUUAAGAAUAAGAAGGUCAAAACGAGUCAAUGAAAGAAAUAAUGUCUUCACAAGAUCCAAAAACUCAAUUAUUACUGUCAAAUUUUUAUUUUAUAACAGCGUUUGUUUAGGUUAGUUUGCCCACAAAUUUAUUUUUUCUCAGCUAAAAAAGAAGAUUUUUCGGAAGGUUUUAUUUAAAAAAAAAAAAACCUGGUAGUUGCUGGAAAAGACUAAGAUUAUUUUUUCCUUUUGUUGCAAUUAUGUGUGGGGAGGGCUGCAUUUGAUUCCUGGAAAAUAAUUACCCAUUACUUUUUAUUUUAGACACCAAAUAACAGCAAUGUCUAUAUUGGUGAGGAUUGUACGCGGACUGUGCUUUUUACCGAAGAAACUUUGGUGGCAGGGAGAGAGCGGGACUUUUUCUAACAUGACAAUGGUGUAGGUGUAAAGCCAUGCAUUCUUUUCUGCUGAAUCUUAUAAAACCUUGGUCUCUUUCCAUUAUAUUCAAGCUCUCUAGAAAAUUUCAUUAUUUUUGGUCAAAUCUGAUUUUUGAGUGAAACUUCAAAUUUUCUCAGAUAAAUUGAACUAAUUGAAAUAGCGGGAGGUCAUCCACAGAAUUAGCAUUGAAUUCUACUAGAACAGGGUGUCUAGCAUCAGGAUUUUCCUGAUUCUAUCAGGAUUUGAGGUCAAUCAGGAUUUAAUCCUGAUUUCAUCAGGAUAUGGGGAAAAACCGGUCGUAAAAUCAGGAUUUGAGGAAAGUCGGCUUUCCGAUGGGUUUUUUCAUGCUCUUGCAUACGCUUAAGCAGGUUUCGGAAAAAUGAUGAAAUCGGGAUUUAGCAGUCAAAAAUCAGGUAAAAUCAGGAUUUCAUCAGGAUUUCCCAAAAUGAAAAAAAAAAAAAAAACUAGACACCCUGUAGAAUCAAGGCUUGUGUGGAUGCUUAAUCAGUUUUUUUCUCUUUGUUGAUUAGAGUAUUUUACCAUUGUAUGUGGUUUUACCAAAAAAUUUCAUAUGAAUAGAAAAACAUUCAAAACUAUGAAAAUUGCCGGUAAAAUUUAUUUCUUCUACCUUUUCUGUGACUCAUACCUUCUUUGUCAAAUAGCUCUCUAUGUUCUCAUUGAGAAAAUUUUCAAUCAAUGUGUACUUAAACUCUCUAAUCCAGUCGCUUCAAAAUCUUCUGUGCAACCACAGUUUUUCUUCCCAAGAAGUCUGAUCUCUCACACUAUUCAAUGACCUAUUGACAUGGUGUCUCUUGUGAAAGAGCAAAGAAUAAUUUUUUUUCCUACCGCAUAGGUCAAUUGUGCAAUGUAAUAUUGGACAUCAUGACCCUCAUAGUAACAUUCCUGAAUCAGAAUAUGCUGAAGAGUUGCGAAGUUAGUUUGUGGCAAAAGUGAAGACAACUCAUCGUAAAAAACCCUUAUUCAUUUGUUGUUGUUAUAUACUGUUAUGAUCUGAAUACUAUCUGUGAGUAGGUUUUUGAAUAUUUUUCACUAGUAAGCUUAAAACAGGGUGCAUAUUUAUUUUUAAUUGAGAAUUUUGUAUUUCCUCAGACAUUCAUUUAGUGGUCUCUGAUUUCUCAUUAGGAAGAGAAAUUAAGCUUUUUUGGACGCAGAUCAAUAUUUUUGGAAAUACUUUAGAAAGCCGACCGCCGUACAAUUCAUCAUCACGAUGACUGGUAACCAUUAUUAAAAUUCGGCCACACAGGUAAAGUUCUGUAGCAUUUCAUUCAUGUAGUUGCUGUCACUGUUACAAAACAGUGGUCAAACUGUGGUUGCCAAAGUGAGAAUCGAUGCACCGGCUUUGAUUGUGUUUUUAUAAAAACAACCUUCAAUGGGCAGCAAUUGUAAAAUGCUCAGAUGAUGCAAUGCUUUCCAUGUCUGCGACUCAAAAUCAGCUGAUAAUAAUUCAUGGCCUCAUAGGUAAAGUCGGACACCUUUUUCGUUACCAGCCAGAAUUUUGUUAUUUCGGCGGUCGUCUUCCUAAAGUUUUUUUUAAUUCUCUCAAUUACUGCUGUAAGUACAUAUUUUUUCCUUGUGUGUUUUAUGUACAAAUGGAAGUUUUAAGAAAUUUUGCUUGCUAAGUCUUGCAAUAUAUUUUUUCUAAACAGAUGCAAAAUUGUAAUUUUGUUUCAGAUUGCAUCUACAAUUCUUCCAUCAUUUGCAUUUGUUAUUCAUAUGAAUAUUCAAUGAAAUCUACCUGAUGUUCUUAUCUUUUUGUUGAUUAAAGUUACAACUAUUUUACCAUAAUUA